AUGGGCAAAAUGAGGAGCAAAGCCACAGUCAGGCCCAACCAGAACCUGCUGCAACGCAGGCAAUGUACCAUAUACGAUCCCGAGUUCAAAAAAAUCGUUGCUCUUUACGCCGAACAAUACGGCACUGGUAAGGCUAAAAGUAAAUUCAGCGUGAACGAAUCUAACAUCAGAAGAUGGCGACGAGUUAUAAAGAACGCCGGCAUUGUGAAUAUUCUGGAAAAACCCCCGGAAAAACCGGGGCCAGUUGAAACUCCAGAGGAGCAACCAGCCUCGCAACCAGCGGCAGUCAAAGGCAAGAAAACUUCGAAAAACAUUGUGAAGGCUGGUGGAGUCAAGAAUGCUUUAGACUCCAUGCCGCUGCAGCAGCGCCUCCAAGCGCCUCCCUCCACCACCGACCUGGAGCCGGUCCUGCACAGUCAGCCAUUGUCGCCCACCAAGCUCAAGGUCACGCGGCACUCCAAACCAACCCCCUCUGCCUCUUUGCCACCCCCCACGCCGCCGCCUAUUGUGGAGGAGAUCAGCCUCAAGUGGAACGGCCACCAUUCCAACAUGCAGACUUCUUUUCCCGGUUUGUUGCUGCGGGAGCAGUAUGUUGAUGCGACGUUGGUGGCCGAAGGGCAGAGUUUGAAGUGUCACAGGGUUAUUCUUUCAUCCUGUAGCACCUAUUUUGAAGAAGUCCUUGCCAGUAUCAGCCCCUAUCAACACCCAGUGCUCUUCAUGAAGGAUAUCCCAUUCUGGAUCCUGAAAUCCCUGUGCGAUUACAUGUACGCUGGAGAAGUCCACAUUCUUCAAACAAAACUGCAAGAGCUCUUGACAGCUGCAGAGAAUUUAAAAAUAAAGGGCCUGACUGAGAACCCAGCACCUGAUCCAGCAGUGAAAACAGAACCGCAGGAUUUCAUAAAGGAAGAAAAGAAAGACGAGGAAGAAGUGAAGAAGAAGGAAGAAAAAGACCCGAGAAAGAAAGAAGAAACAAGGAAGAAGGAAGAACGAGAGGUGAAGAAGAAAGAGGAGGUGAAGAAGAAGGAGGAAGUGAAAGAGGUGAAAGAUAAAAAGAGAAAUCAGGUCACCCCUCCACCUGAUAUGCCGGUGUUAAAGAGCGCCAAACUGUCAAAAGUGACGCAACACACUGAAAUGCCCAAUCUGUCAAGGAACGCUAAAGGCUCGAGGGCCGGAGUUUCACGAAGGACAGCGAAGAGGGCCGAAAAAGUCGAGAUUGCACCCAAAGAACCUAGCAGCUUGUUCCUGGAUCCGUUGGACUUGCUGGAACCUGUUUACGAGGAGGUUACCAAGGAACCUUCCAACACCAGCACCCCUAAAGAAACGAAAACUGUUCCUGUCAGAAGGAGUUUUCCUAAAAAGCUCAAGAAGAGGAAGAUUACUAGCGACAGAGAAGAAUCUCCACAGCCAGUUCUAUCGAAAAAAGGCACCAGAUCUCGCCCUAACCGAAAAGUCCCCAAAUUCUACCACUCCAACUUCGACAAUUCGACAAUCGUAAGGGAACCCCACACGGACCAAGCAGACCCGCUGAUGCAGCUGCAAGAAAUCAAAUCGGAGCCCCUUUAUCUGGAAGAAAACACCAUCGAAAUCGAAGACAAUCUAGUCGGCUUCAGCGAACAAGACAUCGCCAUCGAAGAAGAAAUCAUGGGAGAUUAUGACAGCCCCAUAGUCAAUUUUACCAGGGGCAAAACCGAAGAGGUCGAUUUAGGUUCACAACCCAUUAUCGAGGGUAAAACAGAGAACACUUUGAAGAUCGUUAAUGUCGAAGAUAUAAGAGGAGCCACCUGUCAUAAGAGCGUUUAUUCUGCAGAAGAAGAUCCACUUCAAGUGCAGAAUGUUAUCGAAAGCAAUGAAAAUUCCUUGGGGUUUCGUAUCAGUGAGGUGGUGACUGAAAAGGAAUAUUGCAGGGCAGCGGAUGCCUACAAAGACUUGGGGUUCCAGAUUACCAAUGUAGUGAGUGAGAAAGAAAAUGGCACUGGCGUAGAAGAAGAAACUAGGGCAUGUAGUGAAAUUGCUUUCCGAAUUUCCAAUGUACAAACUGAAGUGGAAGAAUCUGCAGAAGAUAUUAAAGGAAAUGAAGAUGAGAGUUGUGCCAGCGGACACCAAGAACUGAAGGUUGUAAAGGAACAUUUUGGGAAUACUGAAAAAGAAGUGCCAAAAGAAAUCCAGGAACAUUCCGAAAACCUUCUAGAUGAUGGAAUGAAAGACACAAGUCUGCAUAGUACUCCCUUGGAAGCAAGUGAAAAGGAUGAUGAAACUCCAGCAUUUAUAGGCUUCCAAAAUACUGAUGUCCAAAGCACACUGAAUGAUCCGGAGAAAAUGGAGGUAGAUGAAGAUUCAGAGAUGAUAGCUACUGAAGAUAGUUUUCAAGUUGAAGAACAACAUGAAAUUUCCACUGGAAAUAUGGAGGAAAAUCCGUGUUCAACAAUGGACAUAGAUAAUGUUGAGAGUAAUAGUUUGGAAAACUUUGCUGAUGCACCAGAAGGCCAGACUGAAACAGAAAUGGAACUUGGAGAUAUAAUGACAGAUACUUCGACACAGCAAGAAAGGAUAUCCAGUGAAGAUUCGUCCCAAUGCCCCAAGGACUCUAAUCUUACUUUCUCACAAAGUCAACCCACAUGGGAAAUGACAGAGUAUGGUUGUAAUGUCAGUUUAGCAAGUGUUGAAACUCCUGACGAACCUAAGGAUAUCACUCCAGUUGAGGCUGAAGUUAACCUCACAGAGUUUGGCUGUCAUAGCAACUCUGAGUGUAUGGAAAAUCCUGCACAGUUGAGGCCCACAGAACUAGAGUGUUCAAAAACUCCUGAGGAACCUUCAGAUAGUAGUCCAAGUGAGGCUGAAUCCAACUCAGCUGACUUUGGUUGUGCUAAGAAUACCACAGAACCAGACUGUCCUGAAGCUCCUCAGGAAUCUCCAGAUAUUAGUACAAAUGAGGCUAACCUCAACUCAGGCUUUGGCUGUCAUAACAACCCAGAGUGUAUUGAAAAUCCUGCAGAACCAAAUUGUUCUGAAAUUCCUAAGGAACCUCCAGAUAUCCAACCAAAUGCAGCUAAGCUUAUCUCAACAGAUUAUAUUGAGAAUCCUACAGAACUUAGGCCCACAGAACCAGGUAGCUCUGAAACACCUGCCGAACCAAAUGAAGAAUUAAUCACAACAGAGUUUGGUUGUCAUAGCAACCCAGAGUAUACAGAACUGAGGUCCAAAGAACCAGAGCCAGAGGGCUUUGCAACACAUAAAGAACCAAAUGAGGACGAAUCCAACUCAACACAGUCUGGUUGUCAUAGCAACCCAGAAUACGUUGAAAAUCCUACAGAACUAAGGCCCACAGAAUCACAGUGUUCUGAACCUCUCGAUAUCUGUCCAAGUGACAAUCAAUUCGGCUCAACAGAAUUUGGUUGUCAUAGUGACCCAGGAUAUGUUGAAAAUCCUACAGAACUGACGCCCACAGACCCACAGAUUUCUGAACCUCUUGAUAGCAGUCCAAAUGACAAUGAACUCGACUCUACAGAGUCUGGUUGUCAUAGCAACCUAGGAUAUGUUGAAGAUCCUACAGAACUGAAGCCCACAGAACCAGAACUCCCUGUGAUCUCUCCAACAGAGUUCGGUUGUCAUAGCAACCGAGAGAGUAUGGAAAACCCUGCAGAGCUGAGGCCUACAGAACCAGAACCGGAAUUUAUCAAUCCUACUGGGUCUAGGGCGAUUGAGGAGAAAAUGGACUUCUUCUCCUCCGAUGAGUGUCUACAGGGGUUUUCGCCGGACGAACCGGGUUUCCACAUUGCGCAGCUCGCCAUAGAGCAAAUCGCUCAGAACGAGGAGGAACACAGGCUUCGGGAGGUGGAGAAGAAGAGCAGCAGCUCGACCAGCAAUGAUUUGGAGACGAUCGUGAACGAUCUGACGAAAAUUGUUGGAGGGUCGGGAUCUGCGGGCGAAGAAGAAGACUCUAGUGCCAUAGCCGAGUCUCUUGAGAAUCUCCUGAACGAGUAA